UUAAUUCGCAAAGAUAAUUCAAUUUUACCACGCAAAAAUAAUUUCGAUUCUGUGACGCAACAAUAACAUCGAAUAAAUUGAGCUAAAAGUUUUAUGCGUCGAAUACGUCGAAUAUAUCGACUCACAGUCUUAGCGAGCCACAUCAUCGGCACGCCAUUUCACUAGCAGCACUCGCACACCGAACAAAUGUUAAACUCGUUUUCACUUUUAUUCAAUUUUUUCUGCGGGACAGAAAUUAUAUGGUGAUAUCUGUGUAAUUUGUUCAUGAUGGACAAUGCAGCUCCAAUUUUGGUCAAAGAAGAGCGUUGUAACAACCAAAUUAUAUGUUUAGACGAUUCUGAUGAUGAUUCAUCGACCACUAACUCAAAUUCUCUCGCUGAAGUGAAACAUGAAAUUGCUGUACAGACAGCCCCUGCGAAGUUGACCGAAAUUGUGGCGAUUUCGAAUGCCUGUAUCAAACAAGUCAAAGAAGAGCGUUGUAACAACCAAAUUAUAUGUUUAGACGAUUCUGAUGAUGAUUCAUCGACCACUAACUCAAAUUCUCUCGCUGAAGUGAAACAUGAAAUUGCUGUACAGACAGCCCCUGCGAAGUUGACCGAAAUUGUGGCGAUUUCGAAUGCCUGUAUCAAACAAGUCAAAGAAGAGCGUUGUAACAACCAAAUUAUAUGUUUAGACGAUUCUGAUGAAGCUUCAUCGUCCACUAACUCACAUUCUCUCGCUGAAGUGAAACAUGAAAUUGCUGUGCAGACAGCCCCUACGAAGUUGACCGAAAUUGUGGCGAUUUCGAAUGCCUGUAUCAAACAAGUCAAAGAAGAGCGUUGUAACAACCAAAUUAUAUGUUUAGACGAUUCUGAUGAUGAUUCAUCGACCACUAACUCAAAUUCACUCGCUGAAGUGAAACAUGAAACUGCUGUGCAGACAGCCCCUACGAAGUUGACCAAUGCUGGAUCAUCAGAUGAGCGAACAGACAACAUAAAUGGUGACGAAUCAGAAGACGAUAGCACCGGUAACGUUCUCCAAAAGAAACGUUCCAUUUUAUGGAUAUCAUCUGGGAAAAGAUUCGACAUCCCGAAGGAUAUAUGGCAGAAAGUGUUCGUAGAUGGUUCCUACUCCGUUGCUGCGUGGACAUACUACAAAAACAAAAUAGCCGAUAUAUUUGACUCCUUGUGGAAUUGCGUACUGAUCUUCACACACAAAAACAUCGGCAAGAGAAUAAUUUCGCUACGCGGGCACUGCAAGCAUGAGGGAUGUCGACUAUAUCACUUUCAAUUGAAAAAAAUCGAAUACGUGCACGACGACAAUCCGUCAUUUAUGGUCAGAUAUAAUCAGGAAGAAGUGAAACAUGGUCCUCCGUUGACACGUCAAUUGCGAGGUGUUCUCCGUGACGAGUGCAAAGAACGUUUGAAACACACAAUGCCGGCCACUCUUAGUCGGGAUCUGCUUAUAGAAAUGGAUGAUGAUCAGUACCAUAAUGGUAAUGCUAAUGUGUCAAAGUCUGAUUCAGUUAUCAUAAAAGUUAGAUCGGAGCUACUUCAAUCAAGUGACUUAGCCAAAGACGACUUUGAAGAUCUAAUGGCAUUACAACGAGCCACCAAAGAUGAUCCAUACAUACAGAAGGUAAUAUCACCUUUCGCUGUGUUCAUGCAUAGCAAACUUCAAUACAACGUGCUAGCGGAACAACACAGGAGAAAAAAACCUGGACAAGAAGUCCCUGGCUAUCUAGAUGCCACUGGAAACGUUGUAAGAGUUAGGCCGGAAACGUCGACACAUCCAGUAUUUUAUUAUCCGUUGCUAACACCAAUAAAAGGUGAUCCAGCUGAUAAGCACGCCGUGUUGUUCCCGGUAGCAGACUCUGUCAACUCAUGUCAUGGCGCUCCUGAUGUAGGUGCCUUUCUGCAUGACUUCAAUGCAGGUUUCAUCAAGGAACAUCCAACAAUAUCGCCAUCAUUGGACAGGAUCAUAUCAGACUUUAGCUACGCCAACUUCCAUGGCGUUCUGCACGGGUUCCACUGCCAACGUAUACAACAAUACAUAUACAUGUGCUACAAGUUUGCGGUCGGUCUUAGCGAUUACAGUGCUCUACAACAAAUUACAAAACUUGAAAUGUGUAAGACGCACUUGACGAAAACGUUCGUGGAAUUCGUUCGAAAAUUUUUCCCAUCAAGUAAUCCCAACAAGAAGACAACUUACGAGCAAAAGUUUAUCGUAGAAGUCUUAUGUUCGAUGAUUCUCUGCCGUUCAUACAAUGUGUUGAAGGAAAUCUACAGAAACAUGGCAAUAAUAUUGUUGUCUCAGUACGAGUCACCAACGUUCAACAAUGCAAAAAAAAAUCUUGUGUUAAUGUGCACGUCUGACGGUAUUCUCAAUGGCGAUGUGAAACAAACUUACAAGUUCGAUCGUCUACUGCAAUCCGACAUGGAUAAGAUGUCCGAGUGUACCACGGCCUACGAAUAUAAUGAAUCUAUCUUAAAACUGCCAAUCUACAAGUCCAGCUCUUUCUACUUUGAUCUACAACAAAUCACCGACACCGUUGCAUUUGAUUUAAAGGAAGAGGAAAGACAACACAUCAAGGACACCGAUCCGACCAAUUUGAGAGAACAUAAAAUUCAACCUGAUAAGGACACCGUGCCGGCCGAUUCGAAACAACAUCAAAGUGAACCUGAGCGGGACACCGUUGCGUAUGAUUUAAACGAAGAACAGAGACAAAACAUCAAGGACACCGAUCCGUCCAAUUUGAGAGAACAUAAAAUUCAACCUGAUAAGGACACCGUGCCGGCCGAUUCGAAACAACGUCAAAGUGAACCUGAGCGGGACACCGUGGCUUCCAACAGUUUUCACGAUGCCAAAAUUUUACCAGAAUUUUUGAAGCAGUUUGGUGGUAUUAUCCCCUUGUGGACAUCGAUAACCUUGCCUAAAGGUAUAAACAGAUCGUCAUUGCCACUAUCAGAAGAGCUUACAGCUGACGACACAGACCAAAUCGAGGUGGAAAUAAAAAGGAGUAGCAACCAGUCCGCUGAAUCACACAUGAACAUUGUCAAAUCAUUGAUGAAGGAAAAAUCAUUACAAAUUGGUUCAGGCCCGGUGAAGCCAUCAAGAUUUGUAAAACUACUUCGCACUCUCAUAAUAAGUCACGGUAAAAGAUACUUACUAAGAGUUCCAAGAGGCCGCCUUAAUUAUGGUCCGAAAAAAACAAAAGAUUUUUCCAAAGUAAAUAAAAAAAUCGUGAAACAUUAUAAGGUGCGUCACCAGCAGACUGCUGGCAUCCGAAAAGUGUUACAAAGAGUCAAACGGAAGCGUACAAUUGACAUUGACCUAACGGCCAUAAAAAACUGUAAAGAGUCUUGGGGAAAAAAAUCUAAGCAAAGAAAACGAUUUUCGUACUUCAACAAAUCCACGUUAUUAAAAUCAAUAGAUCAGUCGUCCACCGAAUUGCCAAAGAUAAAAAAAUUGACUUCGAAAGGAGCCUCUGCAAUCGAUCAGUCGUCGACCGAAUUGAUGGACCAAACAUGUGAAAUGGAAUCAACUACGAAUUCUACCCAGCUGUCAAAUCAAACAUGUGAAAUGGAAUCAUCAACGAAUUCCAGCCAGCUGUCAAAUCAAACAUGUGAAAUGGAAUCAUCAACGAAUUCCGGCCAGUUGUUAGAUCAAACUUGUGAAAUGAAGUCAACUACAAAUUCCACCCAGCUGUCAAAUGAAAUCUGUGAAAUGGAAUCAGGUUCGACCUCCACUGAUCGAUUGGACACGGAUUUGGUAACCGAGGUGUCACAUUUUAAAUUCCGAGUCAAUUCCGAAAACGACUCGUCACGUAAAGAAACUUCUUUAGCGGCGUACACACCCAAUGGACUUUGUAGCGAUGUUAAUUACUAUAUGAACUGUGAUCCAGCAUGGCCGUUUGUAGUUGGCAGAUUGUUUAUACACACACUAACGUUGGCCGACUAUCUGACAUUGCAAGAAGGUGUAAAAUUGUCUCUGCCAGUUAUAAAUUACAUCUUCGAGUAUAUGAUGCCCGAGUCAUAUGUAAACUUGACACUGUACGCUAAAGAAAUCUUCAAUGGCAUCGAUAAUUUGCCAUUCAGCAUAGCCGACAGGUUAUGUUAUAUGCCAAUAUUGGACCAUGGCUCGUGGAUGCUAUACUUCUUCAAUACAAAGAAGCGGACGUUUACAUAUUAUAACCCACGGAACAAUUUCAACUACACCAUGGAAUUUAUAUAUAACUUCAUCGAUGUUUACAAUUCCUCGUCGCGCCACAAGGAAAAACUGAGAUCGGACAAUUGGAAAUUCUUUUCUUUCACGAGUACUAACCAAGCCACAGACCAUGAUUCCGGCGUGCACGUCAUUCGAGCAGCGCAUCGUUUCAUUACAUUAAAAACUUUGCAAGACGAGCCAUUUGAUUCGAUCGAGUAUCGCAGGUUAUUGCAACGCGAAUGUAUUCAGUUCUCUGAUAACAUGCAAGAUGUUUGUUUAAUCUGUGGUUUAGAAGAUGAUUCUUCAACCUCUGAUAGCAUCAACUGGUCAAACUGCGCAAAGUGUCAACGGUGGAUCCACGAUACCUGUUAUGGAGGUAAAUUAGGUGAAGAUACCUGUCCUCCUUGCAUAAAAAACGGUCUGUGAUGCUGGACUUUUUUUUGCAAUCUUUUGUACUUUUAUAUUUUCUUCAAUUUUCUUUUUCUUUCUAAAAUGUUA